CGCAUGCGCACACUUGGACUACUUCAGAGCAGCCUGGAAAACGAAACGCACUAAAGACGCAGCUGUACCUGGAACAUCCAUGGUCCAGCUACUGUGAAGAGAUUCUGGAGCUACUGUAGAAACAUAGGUUCUCUCUGUGGGUUUUUGUACUGACAUCACCAUAGCUCAUCCUAGUGACUGUAAUACCCCCAUAACACAAUGGAGGGGGCUAUGGUAAGCAACCUCAUAGACUUUGACUCACCCUCAGAAGGCACAGCACCCUCUUAUGUUGGUCCUGGGGCAGACUUUUUCUCAGCUGAGCCUCUCGUACCUGAGCCUGUGAGUGGCACCACCAUGGAGCCCCUUCUACCAGAGCCUAUGGUCCCCACACACACCAGCCACGGAGGAGAAGAUGAAGGAAAUGACAGUGACACUACCGAGUCUGCCGACAGUGAGAACGAGGGCACAGAAUCGCCAUCGCACGUCUCAAGCACGCGGUGUUCCUCAUCCUGCUCUAGUCACAGUGCAGAGGACACAGAGGAGACAGAAAUUCGAGCAUUCAUGAAAACUUAUGUGCAAAGGCUCUUCCAUGGAAGAGAGGACUUUGAUCAGGAGGAGAAGGCUCGCUUUGGAGAGUUGUGCACUGGAGAGAAUGGGAAGGGCAGGGAGUGGUUUGCCAAAUAUGUCAGUGCACAGCGCUGUCACUCCAAAUGUGUGAGCGAACAGACGUUCUACAGGCUGGUGCAGUCCUUUGCUGUUGUCUUGUUUGAAUGUUACCAGAUGGAUGAUUAUAGCCCCGCCAAACAUCUCAUGACCAUGUGCUUCACAUAUUACUACAUGGGUAAGUCCCAGCUGUCUCCCACAGAGCUACUGGAGAGGCCCAGCGGGGGGGUUGACUCGUACCUGCGCAGUGGAAAGGUCUGGCUCUCUGGGAAGAAGGAUAUCGCAGAGCGGCUUCUCAAAAACACCUCAGCUAAGACCGAUGUUAAAGGAUUCUUUGGGGGUCUUGAGAGCAAACUGAGAGGACCCAUAGGCCGAAAGAAUGAGGACACAGACAGAGCAGCUGUGCAGAAGACCAAAACUCCAGUUUCUCCCCCACUUUCCCCAGAGAGGAAGGAAGAAGAGAAGAUUUACCUGUACACACACCUCAAACAGCAGCCUAUUUGGCACACUUUGAGGUUUUGGAAUGCUGCAUUUUUUGAUGCCGUCCAUUGUGAGAGAAAUAAAAGAUCUCCCACCACCAGGCGGACGGCUGAGGAAGAGAAAGAUGAAAGAGAAAAAUGGCAUCAUAUGACCCAGGAAGAGAAAGAGGAUAGCUCCAGAUUUGAUGAAAACAUUACAUUUGGUCAGCUGGGGACAUUCACUCAUAACAUGGUUGCUUUUGGACUGAGCAAGAAACUCUGCAAUGACUUCUUAAAGAAACAGGCAGUCAUUGGAAAUCUCAAUGAAGAGCAAUACAAGCUGCUGUGCGAUCAUAUUGAGCAAAUGGCUGCGGAGUGAACAGAAAAUCAAAGACAGAUGCAAUCCAAACUCUACCAUCCACAUCAGUUCAGCUUUAACCAUUCAGUCUCUAAUGAUCAGUAUUCCUCAAAUGCCAACACGGCUUCACCUCUAUUAUCACCCUUCUACCAAACAGUUUAGAAACUUAUGAUACACAAACUGGUGACAUAGAUCAGCCACAAUCCAUGAUGCGUCAGUGCACAGUUGCAGUGUGGACAGUUCAUUGUUGUCCAAACAGUUACAGUUUAUUCUAAUGUUACGGAAUAUGCACAUAAACUGGAAUAGCAAUAUAGCUAAACUUUGUAUCAUCUUAAGUCCUCAUGCAUCAUUGCAAUUCAGUAUCUCAGUCAUAUUAUAUAAUAUGGAGUUAUAUUGUGUGCUGUGAUCUUGAUGUUACAAGUUAGUGUUGUUAUUUUCUCAAAUAGAUAUACCAUAGACAAUGUGGUUCUGUUUAACAGAUCCCAUAUACCCACAGACCCAGGUGGUUAGAAUACACUCUUAGCUCUGUCACAAUUCUCUGGUUUACUUUUAUGUAGUCUAAUGUACAUUUACAGAACUACAGAAGUGUAGUACUAAAGUGUUCUUUGAGCAAAUACACUAAACAAUACUGAACAAAAAGGUCAAAGGCCAAUUUGUCUUUUUUCCUUCAAAUAAAUUAGCCCAUCUGAUCUGUAAAGUACUAUACUAGGCCUGUUCCUGUCAUACUGUAUGUUCUUAGCUUUCGCACCUUGCUGGUUUUGUGUUCUUCCAGUAUGGAUAGAUUCAGUAUAAACAGUGUUUUUGAAAGCCUAAUACAUAAGGAAAAGGACUUGUCUGUUCCCUUCCGUUCAAAGUGCCUUUGGUCAAUUACUAAGCAGUGAUCUUCCCUGGUCCAGUUUAGUGCAAACAAAAACCCAUGUCAGCAUGCUGUUAUCCUCCUUUGAAUCUCCACAAGACACGUUGUGUUACUGGCAUAGUGCUCAUAUGUAGAUGUGUUUGUGUUUGCAUAAUGUUUGCAGUUUUGUAUUGAGAGUCAGUUAUUGAAAAGUAUCAUGUGGCUCUCUAAGCAGAGCUGUUUUGGUGUUGUCUGUUGUGAAUGCAUGUACAUUGUUUACCAUUAACGUAUGCUGUUGUGCAAUUGUAUUUCAAGCCAAUAGAGGGCAAUCAGAAACCUCAGCUUUGACUGGAGAUCAGUGGAGGUGAAUGUCAACCACCAAGUGGGGCAUUCAAGAGCUUGUAUUAAUUUAUUUGUCCUCCAUGUGAGGAAGCAAAAAUUCAUAUAUUUGGUUUGUAAAUACAGAGUGUUUUGAUAAAUCCCAUGCUAAAUAUAGGCUGGUUUAAAGGGAUCGUCAGAUUUCCAGGUAGUUAUGUAUUUGAUGUCUGUGUAUGUUGCUGUUUAUGAGUGCAUGUCAUAUCAGGAAUGUGCUGGAUCCAAUUUGAUUUGGUCUGGUAUUUGCAUUUCAAAUUAUGUUGUUACUGUUGUGCUGACUAUGUAAAUGUAUGUUAAUAGUUAGCUCUGUGGUCUGCAUUAUAUUUUUCCCCAAGUGCCCUGAAUUUCCUGUUGGAACGUACCUGAAAAACAAUGAGAGAGGUGGUUUCCUGUCUCUAAUGUGUAAAUUGUUUAUAAUAAAAAUAAAUACAAAUGUAA